AUGCCAAUGUCUAGCUUGAAAAAAGUAGUUUACCUCGUUUCUCUGGUCGUGUUGGCCAUGUUACAUUCCUCAUUUAAUGCUGCUUCUCUUUUUGUGACUGAAGAGACAGAGGCAGAUGCUCUUCUCAAUUGGAAAGCCAGUCUUCAAAAUGAAACCCAAUCACACCUGACUUCGUGGACUCUCCUGCACAAUGCAACCAAUUCUUCCAGCAAUCAAAAUACAAGCUCAAUCCCAUGCAGUUGGUCCGGCAUUACAUGCAACCAAGCAGGAAGUGUUAUUUCAUUAGACCUGACUAACUCAGAUUUGAAAGGUACGCUCCAAGAAUUUUCAUUCCUGUCUCUCCCCAACCUUGCAUAUGUUUAUCUCAGCAGGAAUGAACUCUUUGGCACAAUUCCUAUUGAAAUUAGCGGCCUUUCCAAACUCAUAUAUCUUGACCUGUCCUUUUAUAAGUUAUCAGGGGAAAUCCCACCACAGAUUAGACUGCUAACCAAUCUUGAGGUCUUGCGCCUUGGUGAAAAUCGGUUAAAUGGUUCAAUUCCCCCGGAUAUAGGUCAUUUAAAGUCACUCGUUUACCUUUCUUUGCAUGCCAAUGAUCUCCAUAGCUGCAUUCCUAAUUCAUUAGGUAAUUUAAGCAACUUGGCUUAUUUGUACCUUCGUAAUAAUCAACUUUCUUGCUCCAUUCCUUCAGAAAUUGGAAACCUCUCCAAUUUAAUUGAUGUUGACAUGAAAAACAACAGUCUAACAGGUCCCAUUCCUUCUAGUAUUGGAAACCUAGAGCAACUGACAUGGUUGUAUAUAUAUCAAAAUCAAAUCUCUGGCUCCAUCCCUCCAGAAAUAGGGAAUUUGAAGUCUCUCAACUCUUUACGUCUUCAAACAAAUAAUCUUUCUGGCCCGAUUCCCUCAUCGUUAGGUGCUCUCAGCAACCUAACCUUCUUACAUCUAUUCAACAAUCAACUUUCUGGCACCAUCCCUAAAGAAUUAGGAAACUUGAAGUCUAUGACCAGUCUUCAACUAGGCAGUAAUCAUUUAAAUGGCACCGUUCCAGUUUCCUUGGGUAAUUUGAGUCACUUGGAACUUUUAUUCCUCCGCGAUAACCAACUUUCUGGUCCCAUUCCUCAAGAGAUAGGAAACUUGAUGAAGUUGGUUGUGCUGCAGCUCGAUACAAACCACUUCACUGGCUUAUUGCCACAAAACUUAUGUCAAAGUGGAUCUCUUAGAAACUUUACUGCAUACGACAAUCAUCUCAUAGGUCAAAUACCGAAAACCUUGAGAAACUGCGCGAGCUUAACUAGAGUCCGCAUUGAAAGAAACCAACUCUUUGGAAAUAUAUCUGAAGAUUUCGGUGCCUAUAGUAAACUGAAGUUCAUGGACCUAAGUUACAAUAAAUUUUACGGUGAAAUCUCACACAAUUGGAGCAGGUGCCCACAACUAACCGCCCUACGUAUUGCUGGGAACAAUAUUACUGGUGGCAUACCUCUUGUAAUUGGAGAUUCAAUUCAACUCCAAUUACUUGAUCUUUCUUUUAAUAAGUUAGUUGGGGAGCUUCCAAAAGAAUUUGGAAAGUUGACUUCCUUGUUGGAAUUGAUGUUGAAUGGAAAUCAACUUUCAGGGGAUAUACCUCUGGAGCUUGGGUUGUUAACAAAUCUUGAGUAUUUGGAUCUAUCCAAUAACAAAUUCACCAACCCAAUCCCUAAAAAUGUGGGGACCCUUUUGAAACUAAAUUACUUGAAUAUGAGCAACAACAAAUUAAGCCAAGGCAUUCCAGUUGAGUUGUGUAAUUUACCACAUUUGUCACAGCUGGAUUUAAGUUAUAACUUGCUCGAAAGAGAGAUACCUUCACAAAUCCACAAAUUGCAAAGUUUGGAGGUAUUGAAUGUCUCCCACAAUAAACUCUCUGGUUUCAUUCCGAUUGCGUUUGAAAAAAUGCGUGGGCUAUCAGAUGUUGACAUAUCCUUCAAUGAGUUGGAGGGUCCUCUUCCCAAUAGCAAAGCAUUUCAAAAUGCACCCAUAGAAGCAUUAAGACAUAAUAAGGGACUGUGUGGAAAUGUUACAGGAUUGCAACCCUGUGUGGUAGGAAAACAUAUUUCAAAAAAGGAACACAAAAUCAUUUUCCCUCUUCUAGGCGCACUUUCACUUGUAUUGCUAUUCCUCAUAAUUUUCAUUGUUUUACAAAGAAAAAGGAGAGAUCCACAGAAAAACCGAGUAAACGGAAUGGGCAGGGAAGAAGUGUUUACAAUAUCCUACUUUGAUGGAAGAAUGAUGUUCCAGGAAAUCAUAGACACAACCGAGGGAUUUGAUGCUAAGUUUUGCAUUGGGAAGGGAGGAAAUGGAAUUGUCUAUAAAGCCAAGCUAAAAUCAGGAGUCAUAGUUGCAGUGAAGAAACUUAGAUCCUUGUGUGAUGGUGAGAUUGCGCAGCAGAAAGAGUUCUUAAAUGAGAUAAGGGCAUUAACAGAAAUUCGGCAUCGAAAUAUUGUAAAAUUGCAUGGCUUUUGUUCUCAUUCACAAUUCUCAAUUUUGAUUUACGAGUACCUUGAAAGGGGUAGCUUGGCCGCAAUUUUGAGUGAUGAUGGAGGAGCUAAAGAAUUGGAUUGGAGCAAGAGAGUGAAUAUCAUCAAAGGGACAUAUCAAGCAAAAAUGUUUUGCUGGAUUUAG